AUGGGAUUGGUAGGUCAAGAGCCAAUACUAUUCAAUGAAACAAUAUGUUCUAAUAUUGCUUAUGGUAGACAAGGAGAAGUAACAGAGGAAGAGAUCAUUUCACUCGCAAAGGCAUCAAAUGCACAUAACUUCAUAUCUUCAUUGCCUAAUGGUUAUAAAACCAUAGUUGGAGAAAGAGGGCUUCAAUUAUCCGGUGGUCAAAAGCAAAGAAUCGCGAUCGCGAGGGCCAUACUAAAGGAUCCGAAAAUACUUGUGCUCGAUGAGGCGACUAGCGCGCUUGAUACAGAGUCGGAACGUAUCGUGCAAGAAGCGUUGGAUCGAGUGAUGGUGAAUAGGACGACCAUCGUCGUCGCGCAUCGGUUGACCACGGUUAAAAAUGCAGAUGUUAUUGCAGUAUUUAAAAAUGGUGUUGUUGCUGAAAAGGGAACACAUGAUGUGCUCUUGAACACUCCUCAAGGAAUGUAUGCUUCUUUGGUUGCACUUCAAUCAGGAUCAACUUAA